AUGAUGGCACAGUUAUCCGCCGACUAUGCUGCCAUCCCGAGUAACAGUAGCGAUGUGGGAUCUAGGCCCGUCAGUCGGGCGUCGAAUGUGAGCAGUACGCUGGGGAGCCGGAGUAACAGUCGGAGACCGAUGAGACGGCGGAAAUCGACGAGUAAUCCGCAUCAGGGCGAAGCUUCGUUUGCGAGUUCGGUAAUAAACCUGUUGAAUACCAUUGUCGGCGCCGGUGUCUUGGCUAUGCCCCUUGCGAUGUCGAACAUGGGAAUGCUGCUUGGUAUAUUCACCAUCGUUUUCUCCGGUCUUGCCGCCGGUUUCGGUCUCUACCUUCAAACCCGAUGUGCUCGAUACGUAGACCGAGGGACGGCGAGCUUCUUCACAUUAAGUCAGCUUACAUACCCUGGCGCAGCGGUGGUAUUUGAUGCUGCGAUUGCGAUCAAGUGCUUUGGUGUGGCGAUCAGUUAUUUGAUUAUCAUUGGAGACUUGAUGCCGCAGGUUGCGCUAGGGCUUUGGGAAGGCGCUGAUGAGGUUUCUUAUCUUAUCGAUCGUCACUUUUGGAUUACAGGGUUUAUGCUUUUCAUGAUUCCGAUAUCCUUCCUUCGCCGAUUGGACUCGCUCAAGUAUACGUCUUUUAUUGCUUUGGUAUCGAUUGGAUAUCUCGUUAUCAUCGUCCUAGCACAUUUCCUCAAAGGCGAUACGUUUGACCAGCGUGGAGAAGUCAGAUAUGUCCACUGGGCAGGCUCCGUGGCAUUCUUUUCGAGUUUCCCGAUCAUGGUAUUUGCAUAUACAUGCCAUCAGAAUAUGUUUUCGAUCUUGAACGAAAUUCAAAACAAUUCGAAGAAGCAAACUACUGGAGUCGUAUUCGCUUCCAUUGGAGUUGCAGCUAGCAUUUACGUUCUCGUCGCCAUCACCGGAUAUAUCUCAUUUGGUGAUGCUGUUGGCGGGAACAUCAUUGCUAUGUACAAAGAAUCAAUCGCCUCAACAAUUGGCCGCGCCGCCAUCGUGAUUUUGGUCAUGUUUUCUUACCCACUCCAAAUCCACCCAUGCCGCGCAUCAAUCAACAACAUUCUCAAAUGGCGACCUUCGCGAGGCUCCCUCCCCGUAUCAGCAAGAACCGUAAGCCUGGCGCACGACCCGAUGUCCGACCUUCGAUUCGCAAUAAUCACAACAGUUCUGAUCGUUAGCACCUACGCUACCGCCAUGACAGUAAACAGCUUAGAACGUGUACUAGCAUACGUCGGUUCGACUGGCUCGACAUCGAUUUCAUUUAUCCUUCCCGGACUAUUUUAUUGGAGGAUUGCAAGACCGGGACCGGGCGCGAAUAAGAUCAAUCAUGUGGGAGAUGGGAGUGAUGAUGAGAGCGAUGAGGAUGACGAAGACGGCAUGUUAUUACCGCCUGGAGUUGAGAGGGAGAGUGUGAAGGUUCGACGAUGGUUGAGGAGGGGUGCGGCGACGCUGAUGGGGUAUGGAUUUGUCGUUAUGGCGAUUUGUUUGACGAUGAAUAUUUUCUUCAGUGCGGCGGGGUAA